CAAAAACAUUGAGAUGGAUGAGUCUCGCGGAGGAUGACAUUAAUGACAGCUAUUUGUUGAGAUAUUAUCAGGUGGGCUCGGUAUACACGUAUCUACUAACGAUUACACUUCACCAACUGCUGGACUGAAACUUGCAUGGACCCAGUCACUUCCUACGGAGUACGAAACCAGUCCACAUCUCGACCAAGAGAACGGUCGAGUUUGCUCCAUAUAUCAUGUCAGCCAAACCACCGUAUAUCGUGGAACCCAACGGGCCCUCAACAUCCACUGACCGACCGGCGACCAUCAUCUUUCUACACGGCUAUGGAGAUGACGCCGAAGGAAUUCCACUGGGCCUGGCGCAACAGUUUCAGUUCUACAACAAGAUACCAUAUGUGAAAUGGAUACUCCCCAACGCUCCCCGCAACAUGGAAGCCAUGACCACUGCAUGGUACGCAAUUAAAGAAUUGCCGAACCCCAUGAAGCCACGGAUACCGGGAGACGAGGAUGCCGAGAAUGAAGUGCCCGACGAUGAAGAGGGCAUUUUACAGAGUACGGCCGUGAUCGACGAACUAGUGGAGCAGGAACUCACCAAGGGAACUCCGCCAGAUCGAAUCAUCGUCGGAGGGUUUAGUCAGGGUUGUGCGGUGAGCAUGGUAUGGGGAUUAAUAGGGAAAUAUCGAGACCAGGUUGCUGGGGUGGUGUGUUUGAGUGGAUACUUUCCUCUGGCUGAGAGAAUUGAACAAUUGAGGCGAGAGAGACCAGCGGUCAGUGGAGAGAAUGUUGGAAAGAAGAAGUGGUUCUAUGUUCACGGCACGAAAGAUAUGUUGGUGCCUACACGGCUAUUCACGCUCGGGAAGGAGAAUUUAUUGAAGUGGAUUAAAGUAGAUGACAUGGAGGAGCAUCUGUAUCCGGGAAUGGGUCAUUCGACUGGUUCGGCCGAAUUGAGGGAUAUGUUGGGGUUCUUCAACAAGGCCAUUCCUCCAUGAUUUUGAAUGAGAUAUCACUGGUCUGUGUUGAGGCAUGUUCUGUAGAGGCGACGGAAACGAUUAUAAGGGAUGUUGAUGAUUCCUUGUGAUUCAUUAUCGUAUAAUGUUGAUAAAGAGUGGC